AUGUCCAAACCAGAUAUAGAGCAGAGCUCGGAUGUAUCAGAAGCCGAUGGCACCUCUACACCGGUCAAAUCCACGCUCUUCCAGCGAUGGAAGACCCAUAUGAAGAAAUGGUGGUGGAUUUACCUGAUAGUCUUCUGUAUUAUCGUUUUGGUGACUGUCCUGCCCAUCAUUUACGUGGGAGUCCCUAACUUCGCCAACAAAUAUAUCAACGACCACAACUUCGAUACCUCCGGUCUCACCAUCUCAAACCCCUCUCCGGACUCGUUUCAUAUCCGCCAGUCUCAAGAAUUCCACGUUGGAGGUGGAUUCAGUGGCAGCGGAAAACUCUCUGCCUUUAAUGCAUCACUCAGUGCCCCAGGGUCGGACAGGACCUUUGCUACUUUCCCCGUCCCGGAGAUCGAGUUCAGCAAUGGCGCCACCCUUGACAUUGACCAGGAUCUGCAUCUUUCGUGCGUCAGUUGCUUCUCGCAAUUAGCGGCGUCCGCAGUCUCGAGCAAAGAGUUCGGCAUUGUCAUUACCGGAAAUCCAGAUCUCAAGGUUAAUGGCCUUCCGACUGCUCAACUAGAUAUUCAUAAGAACAUGAAGAUGCAAGCACAACCACCAGAGUUCCUCAACCGCGACGGCGCAUUCAACGUAACCGAUAUCCAUAUCCUCGACCCCCCAAAGAAAGGCUACAAUGUGAACGCCACCGUGGCAUUUAAAAACCCGACCCCAUUCAACGUCGAAGUGGGCGCCGUCGGCUUCAACCUCACCCUAGGCGAUGAAGACCUCGGCUACAUCGACAUCCCAAAUUUAACCCUGCGACAUGGUCUCACAAACGCAGACAUCCUGGGCAACAUCAGCAUCAAGACCCUCGUGCGUCAAGGCAUCUGGGAAUCCAGCAGCGAGGAUCUGGGUAAGGUGACGAUCGGGCUGCAUGGCAAUCGGUGCGUCUAUGAUGGCAAGGAGAUUCCGUAUUUUACGGCGGCGUUCAAGGCUGUCAAUGCGUCGGUGGAUGUGGAUUUGAUUAAAUAUGCGAAGUAUAUUCUGUGA